AAAGGUCAGAGGUUAUUGGCGCUCUGUUUGAAUCUCAAAAUGGCCGGACUUCCUGCAACUCCACCGAGUUCUUCGUGUUUUCCCGAGUCUCAGAUCACACAGAGUACCCCUGUUAGAGCCGGGGCUAAGGUACCGCCGGGGUACAUCAUCGUUAGUGAGAAAUGGAGAGGGUCUGCUCUGGUUAAAGGGCUGCAAGGAAAAGUUCAGAUCCUUGUAGAGGACGGACUGGGUGUGGUGGACUUCCACACAGGUGACCGGACUGCGGUGGUGUACAUCACUGAAGUGGACCUGGUCGAAGGAAACACUUUCAAGAAGAAGAUUGUCAAGCUAAGACGUGUGGAGUAUAUCCGAGGUGUGAUCCUGGUGGACAAGACGGCCAUGACAGACCAGUACUUCCCGGCUGUGCAGAGGUUCGUGGUGCUGGAGCUGGGCAUGAAGCUCUUACCCGUCUGCUCGCAGUCCGAGGCAGCGCAGGUGCUGGUUGCCAUGGUAAACGAAGACAGCCGACACAGCGGAAACCCCUUCCUGAGGAAGAAAAAAGCGCCCCCUGUGGAGACAACCAUUUACCGAGUACUGCAGUGCUUUCCACGACUAGGAGGGGUCAAAGCGAAACAGCUGCUCGCAAAGUUUAAAAGUUUACACGGGAUAUGCCAGGCUUCAGAAAAAGAGUUGGCAGGUGUGGUGGGCAGGGCCGGAGCUGCACAGAUCAGAGAUUUCAUCUCAUAUCAGACACAGAAAGGAUGGCUUUCCUUGGAGGGGACCAACAGAUGACAGUGCCCUUUGUUGCAGCUAUUUACACGGAAAACACUGCCAAUGCUGCCAAAGUUCUUCAUAAUGACAGUUUCAUAUGACUUAAUUUAAAAUCUGCAUUAUUUAUUAUGAGAGGAAAGAUACAGAAGAGGAGAUCUUGAAAAACUGAGCCUCAUCAGCCUUUUCCUUCCAUGUUUACUGUUCAUGAUACAAUUAUAGUAUCUAAUUCAGGCUUGUCAUUGACGUCUUGAUAAUUAUGAGUUGAAUCCCCUUGCCACCAUGUUAACAGGUGAAUGGAUUAAGCAAAGGUGUCUUCGUGUGCUUCACAGAUGUGCGCUUUUAUCCAACAUGUUGUUCAAAUGAAAAGCCAGCACCUUUUCAUGUCAUCACAUGAACAUAUUCAGUUGAUGUACAUCAAAUUAAUCAUUAUAUGAUAAAAUCAACAAACUGCUUUGUUGUAGUAACUUGUACAUUGUACAUUGUUGUUGCAUGUUAUACAUACAUCUGUAUAUCAAUAACCCCAGAUGAUCUAUGAAAGGUGAACUGCUCACUCCAAAAGAUGUAAGUGUCCCAGACAAUGCCUUUCAAAACAGAUCCGUGAUUGGUCAAAUGAUUAAUAAAAUGAUUAAAUCUUCUGAGUUUAUGAAUC